AUGUCUGGCAAUCUGGGGGCCGGAGACAAGGAACAGCAAGCGUUCUCACCUGGUAUCUCCGGGCACAGGCUGCGAAUCAUCGCUGAGACCGUGGAGAAUCUGGAGAUGCUUCGUUCUGCUCGGUCUCGAUGUCUCGAUGUCUCGAUGUCUCGCCAGCAGAGACAACGGAGGCAGCAGCAACCGCCGCAGCAGCAGAAAACCACCAUUUGCCGAGCGUCUCCCUCUCCCUCUCCCUUUCGCUACCUCUCAGAGUCUCCAACUCCAAGUCUCCAAGUCUCCAAGUCCCAAAGUCUCACAGUCUCAAAAUCGCAGAAUCGCAGGCUCAUAGCUAUUGCGGUGAUAGACAGCCGAGUUGCCUCUUCCAGCCGCUGGAGAGUACGCGUACGUACGGUCGUACCCGACUCGAUUAUUCCGUGCUCUGGAGAAUCAGGAACAUCAGAGGCUGAAGACGCUGCGGUGCCGCGUUUCCCGGACGGAGGCAUUAACCUGUAG